GUUGUCUGCAACUUUGCUCCAGUGUUACCGGAUUUCAACUGAUAAACCGAACUGGACUAAAACGGCACAAUGAACAUCGUUACUGUUCUACUGAUCCUUUCUGUAAAGAUCUACGCUGAUGGCCUGGAGGGACCAACAGCUGGAUGUACCUUCGAUGAGGACUCGACCCCGGAACGGAGCCAGUGCAAACAGGGCAAGGAGGACGACUUUGAUUGGCAGCUGAUUCGGUCCUACAGCUGGCCGAAUGCCAACUCUGACCUACUGCGGGGAUCCUUCAUGAUGGUGAACGCCUCCCAGCAUGCCUCGGGGCAGCGCGCCCACCUGCUCCUGCGGGCCCUCAGUGAGAACGACACCCACUGCGUCCAGUUCAGUUACUUCCUGUACAGCCGGGAUGGGCACAGCCCCGGGAUCCUGCAGGUCUACGUGCGUGUAAACGGCGGUCCCCUGGGCACCCCCGUCUGGAACGUGUCUGGGUCCCACGGCCGGCAGUGGCACCAGGUCGAACUGGCCAUCAGCACCUUCUGGCCAAACGACUAUCAGGUCCUGUUCGAAGCAACCGUCUCCAAGGAGCGGCGGGGCUACAUCGGCUUAGACGACAUCCUGCUGCUAAACUACCCCUGCUACAAGGUGCCUCACUUCUCUCGGCUGGGGGAAGUGGAGGUCAACACCGGGCAGAACGCCACCUUCCAGUGCGUCGCUACUGGACGGGCAUCCGAGAUGGAGGAGUUCCUGUUGGAGAGGCACAGUGGAGCGGUGACUCCCGCGCUCUCGGUGAAGCGGCUGAGUUUCCGCCGUGUCAUGGCGACCAUUCAGCUGGCGGCGGUGCAGAGCGCCGGGAGAGACCUCUACCGCUGCGUCACCCCGUCCGCCCGCGGGGCCUCCGUGUCCAACUUCGCCGAGCUCAUCGUCAGAGUUCCACCCUCCCCCAUCGCGCCCCCCCAGCUCCUGAGGGCGGGGCCCACCUACCUGAUCCUCCAGCUCAACACCAACUCCAUCGUGGGAGAUGGCCCGGUCAUCCGCCGUGAGAUCGAGUACCGCGCAAGCCACUCGCCGUGGUCUGAGGUGCACGGCGUCAGCGCGCUCACCUACAAGGUGUGGCACCUGGACCCGGACACCGAGUACCACAUCAGUGUCCUGCUGACGCGCCCGGGGGAUGGGGGCACCGGACCCCCCGGACCUCCGCUGGUGAGCCGGACCAAGUGCGCAGAGCCCGUGCGGCCGCUUCAGGGCCUCACGGCGACGGAGAUCCAGUCGCGUCAGCUGACCCUGCAGUGGGAGUCCCUGGGCUACAACCUGACCCGCUGCCACGCCUACACGGUGUCCCUGUGCUACCGCUACUCCACAGCAGGGGGCGGCGGUGGGAACAACGCCACGGUGCGCGAGUGCCUGGGCGUGGAGUACAACGCCUCCCGCUUCACGCUGCUCGACCUGCCGCCCUUCCACACCGUCCACGUGCGCCUCACCCUCGCCAACCCCGAGGGCACCAAGGAGGGGAAGGAGGUGACCUUCCAGACCGAGGAGGACGUUCCCGGGGGCAUCACCGCCGAGUCGCUGACCUUCACUCCUCUGGACGACAUGAUCUUUCUGAAGUGGGAGGAGCCACUGGAACCCAAUGGACUCAUCACCCAAUAUGAGAUCAGCUACCAAAGCAUCGAGUCGUCAGACCCCACCAUCAACGUGCCGGGGCCACGACGCACCGUCGCCAAGCAACGCAACGAGACCUACCACAUGUUCUCCAGCCUGCAGCCCGGCACCACUUACCUGGUCUCCGUGCGCGCCCGCACCUCCAAGGGAUUCGGCCUGACCGCCCUCACCGAGAUCACCACCAACAUCUCCGCUCCGGCUUUCGAUUACGGUGACGCCCCUUCCGUGCUGAGCGAAUCGGAGAGCAGCAUCACUGUGCUGCUCCGCCCAGCCCAGGGCAGAGGGGCCCCAGUCAGCACGUAUCAGGUGGUGGUGGAGGAUGAAGAAGGGUUUCGUAGGGUGAGGAGGGAGCUGGGUUCGCCAGAGUGCUUCCCCGUGCCCACGUCCCACAGCGAGGCGCAGGCCAAGGGCACGCCGCACUACUACACGGCAGAGCUAGCGCCCAGCAGCCUGCCUGAGGCCGUGCCCUUCACCGUGGGCGACAACCACACCUACAACGGCUUCUGGAACACGCCCCUCGACCCCACCCGCAGCUACGCCAUCUACUUCCAGGCCAUGAGCAGCUUUCGAGGGGAAACACGAAUCAACUGUGUCCGUAUCGCCCGGAAAGCGGCCUGCAGGGACAAUAAGCGCACACUGGAGGUGACCCAGCACACAGAGGAGGUGGGGUUAAUCCUGGGGGCAUGCGCAGGGGGGCUGGCCAUCCUCAUUCUCCUGCUGGGGGCCAUCAUCAUCAUCGUGAAGAAGGGAAGAGAUUUCUACUUAUACUCUUACUACCCGAGGAAGCCGGUGAAUAUCGGUAGGACUCCGACGGCGUACCGGCAGGAGAAGGGUCACGUGGGCGGGCGUGGCCUCUCAGAGCAGAGCGCACCACAGGAGGACGAGCACACGCCCUGCUCUUUCAUGGCUACACGCGGCGGCCACGCCCACAACGAGCAGCGCAGCUCAGUGAACGAGUCCAGCAGCCUCCUGGGCGGGUCGCCCCGCCGGCCAUGCGGGCGCAAGGGCUCCCCCUACCACACGGGGCAGCUGCACCCGGCCGUGAGGGUCGCCGACCUGCUGCAGCACAUCAACCAGAUGAAGACCUCCGAGGGCUACGGCUUCAAACAGGAGUACGAGAGCUUCUUCGAGGGCUGGGAAAUCGCCAAGAAGAAGGAGAAGCCCAAAGGGAGGCACAGCGGUCUGCUCGGCUGUGACCGCCAUCGGGUAAAGCUGAAUUCCCUGCUCGGCAGCCCCGCGUCCGAAUACGUCAACGCAAACUACAUCGACAUUCGGAUAAACAGGGAAGGUUACCAACGCUCCAAUCAUUUCAUUGCUACUCAGGGGCCGAGGCAGGACAUGCUGUACGACUUCUGGAGGAUGGUCUGGCAGGAGAACUGCUACAGCAUCGUCAUGAUCACCAAGCAGCCGGAGAUGAAAUGCUGCAAGUACUGGCCAGACGACAGCGAGAUAUACGGCGACAUCAAGAUCAGCCUGCUGAAGACGGAGACCCUGGCGGAGUACAUUGUGCGCACCUUCAGUCUGGAGAGGCGGGGCUUUGCCGGCAAGCACGAGGUGCGUCAGUUCCACUUCACGGCCUGGCCGGAGCACGGGGUCCCGGACCACGCCACCGGCCUGCUGGCCUUCCUCCGCCGUGUGAAGACCUCCACCCCCCCCGACACCGGCCCCGUGGUGGUGCACUGCAGUGCCGGGGCUGGGAGGACAGGCUGCUACAUCGUGCUGGACGUCAUGAUCGACAUGGCGGAGUGCGAGGGCGUGGUCGACAUCUACAACUGCGUCAAGACCCUCUGCUCACGACGCAUCAACAUGAUCCAGACCGAGGAGCAGUAUGUUUUUAUCCAUGACGCCCUCCUGGAGGCCUGUCUGUGCGGGGACACGUCCGUGGCGCUCUCUGAGUUCAGCCUCAUGUAUAAAGAGAUGCUGAUGGUGGAGCCCCAGAGUAACACGUCUCAACUGCGCGAGGAGUUCCAGACUCUGAAUUCGGUGACCCCCCACCCGGACGUAGAGGAGUGCAGCAUCGCCCUGCUGCCCCGGAACCGGGAGAAGAACCGCAGCAUGGACGUUCUGCCACCCGACCGCACCCUGGCCUUCCUGGUCACCACGGACGGAGACGGCAACAACUACAUCAACGCCGCGCUGGCCGACAGCUUCCUGAGGCCCGCCACCUUUGUCAUCACGCCCCACCCGCUACCCAACACCACCGCCGACUUCUGGAGGCUCCUGUUCGACUACAGCUGCACCUCUGUGGUCAUGCUCAACCAGCUCAACCAAUCGAACUCUGCCUGGCCCUGCAUACAGUACUGGCCGGAACCCGGGCUACAGCAGUACGGACCCAUGCAGGUGGAAUUCCUGUCCAGGUCGGCUGACGACGACAUCGUCACCCGCCUGUUCCGGGUCAAGAACCUCACCCGGCCUCAGGAAGGCCAGCUUUUGGUGCGCCAGUUCCAGUUCCUGCGCUGGUCGGCCUACCGCGAAGUUCCCGACUCCAGGAAGGCCUUUCUGGGCCUGCUGGCCCAUGUGCAGACAUGGCAGAGGGAGAGUGGGGAGGGACGCAUGGUCGUACACUGCCUAAACGGGGGCGGCCGCAGUGGGACGUUCUGCGCCUGCCUCAUGGUGCUGGAGAUGCUGAGGCAUCAGAAGAUGGCGGACGUCUUCUUCGCCGUCAAGACGCUGCGCAACUCCAAGCCCAACAUGGUGGAGACCCUGGAACAGUACCGGUUCUGCUACGACCUGGCUCUGGAGUAUGUGGAAAGCCUGGAGGAGAGAUAGCACCUGCUCCCCGACUCACCCAGACCCGACCAGAACUCUGUGUCCAAUCAUCCGGCUUUUCCGCUUUGGUGCAAUUCCCUUAUCUGGAUCAACGGGAUUUCUGUGAUGUCUGGGGCUGCAGCGAGGAAAAAAAAAGAGAAAAAAAAAGAAGCAAGGUCACACUGUUAAACUUUAAUGUGCACCCAUCGCUGUGUUUUUUUUUUUCUGUGUGCGUGCGUGAGUUUUAACGACCUUGGCUGUUUCGUGCUUACCGUUUCUCCCCCGACCGUGGUGCGGGGUUCAAACGGAAUAAGGACCGCCCGCUUCCGGAAGCUUCUGCGUUCACCCGACCUGCGUGGCCCCUGACGGCAGGUCUUGACGGCGGUUUGGGACCGGGACUCUUUGUCUCUAAGUGCCCUCGCCGACUAAGACGAUUCUGCGGAGGACACUGAACCGUGACGCCGUGGCGGAAUCGGCGGAGGGCCAUCGUUACCCGUGUUUGGAACCCGUUUCAUGAGUUUUUCCAACUUCUUCACUGGUGCUGUGGAUGUGUUCUUUUUAGGCAUGGAAUGCACUGCAUUUUUCUCCCAGGGUUCUCUGGACAACAGUUGUUUUUCACAGUGAACCCAUGGGUUCCGCAAGCUCGUAAAUAGCGAACCCCGGCCGCACUUUGUUCCCGAGAGGUCCCUCCUCGGCUGCUUCCCGCUUGCUUACUUUAUGUACAUAACACUUUCCGCUGGUGUCCGUAGGUGUUUGUGUCCUGUGUGUACGGUAAAAGGGAACAGUACAGGUGAAUCGCGUGGCUUGUUGAGACGUACAACGAUGCAGAUCGAAAUUGAGACGUUACCAUGGAAACAAGGUUGAAUUAUUUGCUGAAUGACUCGUUUUUUUGUUUUUUUUACAUUUCUAUGUAUUCCUUGUUUUUCUGGGUGUUGUGUAGACUCCUAUGAAAAGUUAUACAAAAAAAAAAAAAUGUUGACAAUGUUGUAAUGCCUUUCGAAUAGAUUUGAAAUUUUUGGAACAGUGUUCUAUGCUUUUUCUGAUUCUCACAGUGUUGCACUCCUCUCCCCCUUCCCACGACAUGGCUGACUCUGCAUCACCUAUUUGCUACACGGAUGUUGCUGGGUGUGUAACUACACAGUAAAAUGUUGAGUGUUAAAUCACGCCUUACCGAAUAUAUGUGGUCCCUAUUGUUAGAGUUGAGUUAACAUUGGACGUUUUACAGUGUACGACCAGCUCCAUUUCCCCCUCAUACCCAUGCUAGCCAAGCGACUGCCUACCUCUGCCAUGUCCACUGGUGCUAAUCUUGUGACUGUGACGCUUUCCCGUGGAAGCCAUUUUACCAUGUGUAAUGGGGUGGGGCUGCUACGCUUUGAACCACAGUGCUAACAACGGUUAGCCUGCUAAACUGAUGCCCAGUAGCCCCCAGGCAAGGCAAUUACUGAUGUUUUUACUGCUUCUCCGGAGGUGACGUCUUAUUCUAUCUCACAAUCGCAAACUGCCAUCUCUGAUCUUUUCCUCCCUCUGUUUUCCUGCAGUAGCCUCUGUAAUGAGGGGAGGUCUACUGUAUGUUUUCAUCUUAAUCCUGCUGAGAAACACAGCUCAAGCUGGGUUUUGAAACAACUGGUAGCUUGUUGACCAGCUUAGACCAACUCCCCACUCAACAUGGUUUCUCCAGCUCAAGCUAUGUCUUGAAACUGCUGGUAGCUGGUCAUUUAGAGCUGGACAUAGCUGGAUUUGACCACAGCCGCUCACCCCAACAGCAUGAUAGAUAUGACUAGCCCAUGAAAGUUAUCGUAGCCUUAUUGCUUCUUCUCAUUGACGCUCUCAUGCAAUGUCCCGCAGCUGACCUCUGCUACACGCCGCGCUUCACCUGUGACCCCCUGCCUACAUCACCGUCACCGCAUCAAGCACGCUUACACCUGUGGUCCUCACUCCUGGUCCUGGAGAGCCGCUGGGUGUGCUGGUUUUUGCUUUCGCUGUAGUAUCGGCAACCAAGGACCCAGGGGAGGGAAGCUAAUUGUGUAAUUAACUGUUUUAACUGAUCAAUUAAGUGCUGAGUAACAACAAAAGCCAGCACACGCUGCAGCUCUCCGGGAGCGAGGACCACCGGCUUACGUGGAAUGGUGCCGUUCCGAUCUGCUGCGGCGCAUUUCAGCUGAACCGAAUCCGCAAGGACUCGUGGGGCUUUCCUUCGGCCCAUAAAGCAGUCCAUCUCCCUGCCUUUGAAGACCCACUGCGAUCACCUGGAGGGUAUAUUAUGUGUAAUGAUGGUGCCAGGCUAUGCCUUGUAAUUCUGCCAGUAUGUCUGUAUUAGACCAUACUGAGAGAGAGAGAGCUGCUGGAGGGUGUCUGUUCUCAAGUGCAAAAAAUAAAAUAAAAUAAAAAUCUUAUUGUGAACGAA